GGCGGCAGAACGGCUGUCGACCGUGACAUUGGCCGGCGGAUACCCACAUCAAAAGCCAGCACCGCGCCGUCCUUACCUGAAAUCAGCGGAGGGCCGACGUUCAGUGAGAGCGUGGACGAGGCGUUGAAGGGGUCGGAAGGGAAGGCUAGGGACAAAGCGUGGAGGGUUGACGGUUCCGUCAAAGUCGAUGCAGUGAAGCCCGAGGGUGAGGGUGAGGAUUUACAUCCGAAAGCGGCCGCUAAGCAGCCAUGA